AGGGAGUGAUGAAUCUGGGGUGCACACAGAUAUGAUCUCACUAAAUUCAACGGUCACGAUCUCAUACAGAAACCCAGCUACAUUCUACGCCGUCCAUGUCACCUCUACCCAUUGGGACCUUCACUAUUUCCAUCUCAAAAUUGCCUCUGGACAGAUGAAGAAGUUCACGCAAUCUCGGAAGAGUCAGCGGAAAGUGGUGACGAUCGUGCAAGGGUCUCAAGUUCCACUCUAUGGUGUGAUACCGGCUCUGGUGAACUCUAGAGAGCACCCGAACACUAUUGCAGUGCCUCUUAACCUGACAUUUGUUGAUGAGGUCAAGGGCCUACAUUUUGGGCAGGCUCGUAAAGACGAAGUUCUACAGGCGAAUCAGGUGUUCUGUCAUUCUCAGAGGUAACAAGCUCGGGAAGGCCCAUAAUUUGACGAAUUCGUGUGUUUAUCAUUGACCGCUCCUCUCCUUUCUCACAUGACCAAGCUGAGUUAUUUAAAUUGUUUGCUUUUUCUGAAAUCUGAAAUACCAAGAAUGACUAUACUCCACGAUGGUUUAAAGCUUCGAGGUAGACGGUGAAACUCUGAAAAUGUUGAUCCUGCAGUUUUGCAUGUAAACUUUUGCUGUCUGAGGAUAUCGAGGAAGAAAACGAUGAUUCGUAUCGAAUUUGUUCCCCGAUUCCUUCUUUUUUCAGUUGUUUGAUAUUUAUUUUAGUGAAGCCUAUUGCCUUUAGGGGGGGGAAGGCAUAUUUCUCAAAUG